GUGGCGGUAAAAGAAAUCUAUCAUUGAAACUGAAAAAUCAUAUUAGAAUUUUUUUAAAAACAUUAUUUUAUUUAAUAAAAAUGGAUGAGGACGGAGAAAAUAUAUUACUUGAAGAAAAUUACUAUCAACUACUAAAUGUUUCUAAAACGGCAACAUCUGAGGAAAUCAACAGUGCAUAUCGCAGGUUUUCACGCAUGUUUCACCCUGAUAAACAUAGCACAGAUCCUAAUAAACAGAAAUUGGCAGAGCAGAUAUUCAACAAGGUUAAAGAAGCCUAUGAAGUGUUGUCAGAUUCACACAAGAGGACCAUAUAUGAUACAUUAGGUAAACGUGGUUUAGAAGUCGAUGGUUGGGAAGUAAUAUUUCGUACUCGUACACCUAAGGAAAUCAGAGAGGAAUAUGAACGACUAAAGCGUGAAAGAGAGGAACGAAGGCUACAACAAAGCGCCAAUCCUCGUGGUACAAUCACACUUUCCAUUAAUGCCACUGAUAUGUUUAUGAAGUAUUAUGAUGAAUAUGAAAUUUUAGAAGAAGAUGCUACAGUAAUACCUAACAUUGAAGUAUCUGGUAUGACUAUACAGCAAUCAAUAGAUGCACCAGUUACACUGAGAAAUACCAUGACUUUAUCAGGAAACAUAUCUACACAAAAUGGUAUAGGAACAGGUUCAGUGACUGCUUGUAACCGACAUCUAAGUUCAGAUAAGGGUUGGACUGAAGUAGAGUUUGGAAUUGGCAAUGGCCCUCUUCUGGGAUUUAAAAUAUUCCGAACAUUGUCAAGAUUAAUGUUUUUAAAUUGUGGAACAGUACUUCAAUUUACGCCUCGUGGGAUUUCACCUAGUCUUAUUUCAACUAUGGCAUUACAGUUGGAUGCACAUUCCGUUGGAUACCUUACUUACCGAGCUGGUGGUCAAGGUGGGUCCUCGAUGACGUCUAUAUAUGUGCGGGAUUCCGAAAAAUACCAUACCAAUACAGCCAUACAAAUUGGGAACCCACAUUCAUUCAUAUCUCUGAAUAUUAUGAGGAAGCUACCGCAACAUGAUAUGAAAUUGCGAUUAGCAUUGAAAUUUGGUACUUUCGGUGCGAUAGCAGAAUAUGGUGCGGAGAAAAAGGUGUCACAAAAUACUAGUGUUUCUGCAGCAGUGAUGUUAGGUGUACCCAGUGGAGUCAUGCUUAAGCUCAAAUGGACUUGUUCCACGCAGACCAUAGUUGUUCCAAUCCACUUGUGCGAAGAGGUGAUGCCAUCCCCCGUGUUCUACGCGACAGUUGUGCCAAUUGUGUCCUGGUUGGUGCUCAAGAAGCUCAUUCUAGACCCAAUAACUCGUGAAAGGCAGGAACGUGAACGACAGCGUUCCAUGGAAGCCAAUUAUGAAAGAUUACAGGAAAUGCAACGUGAAGCGAGAGCCACCGUCGAGCUUAUGAAGGAAACAUAUUCCAGAAUUAAAAGUGAUGAAGAAAAGAAAAAGGGCUUAGUGGUAAUACGCGCACUAUAUGGAAAAUUACCGCCAGGUGCAUCAAGUCACGAAAUACCUGAGCCAACGGGAGAUGGAAUAUCACCGGAGUGCCCAUCACCAUUUAGUGAAGUGAUUGAUGUCACAAUACCCGUUCAGUGCCUAGUGAAAGAUUCGCGGUUAGAACUAUUGGCAGCUAGUAAGUCGGAGUUGCCGGGAUUUUUUGAUCCAUGCGUGGGCGAGGAUAAACAUCUAACAGUGCAAUACUUCUUCCACAACAACCUUCAUUCCUGCACCGUGUCCGACUCUCAACCUCUAGUCCUGCCACGUAAUAAUCAUCGAAUAAAGAAUCAUAGAUCCUGAAAAUUGAAGUCAAAGCGCAAGUGUUUGUUCACGGCGCGAGACCGCCAGCACACGCUACAGUAAAAACUAACUGAGAAGGUGUUUUAAAGAUUAGCGAAUUCGAAAUGCAAUAAUUUUAUAAUAAUGAAAACGAUGAUGAACAUACAAGCUAAUAUAAUUUCGUUCGAAUAAGACGAAUAGGAUGGACGGAGAACGGCCAGUCUGUUUUUUUUGUACAUAGCACAUUUAGUAAAUAAUGUUGGCGGGUAUAAUUUUUGUGUGUCUGUUUUUAUGUUAAUGAAAUUACUAUUUUAAAAUAAAAAGCAAAAAACAUGCUCACAUUUAUAUUAACUAUAAAAAAUUCUACAACGUUAUAACACUGAAUGCUUUUUAUUGUAGUAAAUUGUCUAUGGUAUAAAAGACAUGACAGAAUUGUUUAUUAAAUAUGCCAACUGAGAAAAAAUAGAGUACAAUGUUCGUCUUCAAGACAUGUACCAUUUUCAUUCAAUUAAGCAUUGCCAUUCAAGUAGGUUUUUAAAGAUGAAUAGAAUAUCUUUAAAAAUUAUAUAUUUAUGAGGUCUGUAUAUACAUAGGAAUAUAAUAUUGAUAAUUAUUAUCAUUAAAUAUAACUAUUAGUAUCGUUGAAAAUUUAAAGUGUCUAUUGCAACUUACUGGUAUAAAUAUUAUAUUUAUUUAUAUAAAUAAAUAACUUAUAUAACUGGUCAUGGUUUAGUAAGGUUCAGUCUGUACACCUAUCAAAAAAAAAAUGGCACCAACAUAGUAUGGGAAGGACUUAACAGAAAGGAUUCAGUUCACAUUAUUAAAAAUGAGAUCAUGCUUCUAGAAUUACGUAGGAAUUUCAUAUUCGUUCGUACCAUUGUCUUAAAAUAGAAAGUCUGUAUACCGUUUUGGUGCAAUUGCCACAUUUAUAUCCAUUUCGUGAGUUCUUUCUGCUAAACCUCGUCCAUUUAUUAUUAUAAAAUUUUAUCCUAAAAUUCCAUCAAUUUAUUAUCGUAUGCGCCUUCUCAGUUGAAUAGAAUUGUACUCUAAUUAAUAUUAUGUUGAAAUCUACCAAAAUCCAGAGCAGUAUAUAUAACUGCAUAUAUUGUAUUUGAAGGCAAUUAGAUACAUGUAACAUUCCAUUUUAAAUUAUCAUUUUUCUUUAUUUCAUUAUUAUUCUUUCAUUAAUAAAUUAUCACUUAAUUCGAAUGUUUUUUAUAUAUGUCAGGUCCCUUAUAAAGUGGCCAGAGAGAACUGGAUGUCAGAUAGCCCUAUCAAGAGUAUUAUAAAUUUAACAGUGCAAUGUUAUUCAAAAAGUAUAUAUAAAUACGUUUUUCUUACCAUUGUGAAUAGCUGAUGAAAUUUCUAGUAAUUACAGUAACAUUUUUUUACAAAAGCUGAUUGAGUUUUUAAUAGGUAAUUGUUAAAUUUUAUGUACACAUUUUCAAUAUUAUAUAUAUGUAUACAAAUAAAAUUGUAUUUAUUAAAAUGUUAAUGUAAUUUUAUAUUCUGCAAUUAGUAUGCGAUUGACAAAAUUUCGAAGUGUUAGUUCAACUAAUAAGAGUUUCAUUUCCAAAUCUUUUUAAUCAUACAGUUGUUAAAAUAUUUUUAAAUAUAUACCAGUGUUUUAAAAUAUUUUAAAGAACAUUUUGCUAAAUAAUUUAUUUAUUAUUAGGUGAAAUGUUGUCACGCUAUGCUUAUAAUUUAUAACAUUUUUUUUAUACAACUUUCAACAUUAGGCAUAGAGAGCUUUUAAUUUAAUUUAUACUACCUACUUUUAAUUUCCGUUAAUGAUACAGACCAUGUCGAUAUGGUUAAGGUGCACAGCAUGAUCGUGUCGUUGCGAUAUUGUACUUAACGACAAAAUCUCGUCGUAUUGUACCAGAAAACGAUAUUUACAUUGUAUGUAAGAGAUCGAAUUGAGCUCACUAAAAUGGGCGUCUUUAAUUUAUCCUAACACGGCAUGAUUUUGUUUUACCGAUAUUUCCGUAUUUGUCACUGACAUGCCGUGCACGUCUGCGAUAUCGUGACGGAAAAUUAAAGUCAUCUCCAAUUUUGCAAUUUAAAUUAACUUUAAGCGCUAAAUUCAAAUUAGUGUUUGCAUUUGCAUACAUUUUACUCUCCUAUUAACUUAGUGCCAUAUUAUUGUAAAUUAUAACAUCGAAUAGUAACAAAAAAGUUGUUUUUUUUAUUAUUAUUUUUAUGUAACAGUAUUAAAAAAUUAAUUAAUUGUUGUUAAAGUGCAAAAUUGGAAAUCAUUAUGUUUUCAAUGCUCAUAUACGAAGGCUAUAUUGAAAAACAUUAUUUUAUAAAAUUAUAUUAAAUCAAAAUUAUAAACAAUGAUUUGUUAUUUUUAAAUAAAAUUUUAAAUUAAUUAAUUUAAUUAUUUAUUUAUAAUAAAUAAAUAACAGAAAAACUGAUUCCACAAAUGACCUAUCGUGUAUUAGCUGCGUACUAUCUAUUUAUGUCUGGUUUAUUAUUUAUAAAUAUUUAUCUGGAAAAAUGCUUAUGAACUAGUGAGAGGGACGCAAAAGACUUCAAUUAUAUUUAAACCUUCAUGUAGAUAUCCGUUACAUAUUAAAUUAUGUAGUGUUUGCUUAUCAUUGAAAAUAUAUACAUAUAAUACUUUUCUGGAUUUUGUUAAAUUUGUUAUAAAUUUACUAAUGGAGUACAGAUUACAAAUAAUUACUUAUCGUUACCUUGUUUUAAUGUUCACUGCUUCUGCAGUUUUGGAUGCAUGAUGAGAGUUACACAAUGGUUGUUAUUAUUUUAGUUUAUAUCACGUUGGGAUAUGUACAUUUACUACUGAAACAUAAUUGAAAAUAUUAGAUCGUUCUUUGUAUAUCAACGCUGUCAUAUAUUUAGACAGUUAGCAUGUCAAUGUCUUCUAAUUAAUAAAACAUAAAUUUGUUUAUUUCA